CAGUUUCAACAAAAUUAGUGGACAAAUUCCAAGAAACUUAGACACUUCAAACACGGUUUUCAUGUACCUCACAGGAAACAACAUCAUGGGAUCUAUCCCUGACGGGAUGCUCAAUAGCAGAGUGUAUAGAGACGUUUCAUACAACAAUUUUACUCCUUCAAAUUCAGGAUCCUCGAGUUGCCAAGCCACGAACUUGAACUUAUUCGCUAGCUCUUGGAAGAACAACAAAUCGAUCACGUUUCCAUGCUUGCAGAGUUUCCAAUGUCAGCAAAACUGGUCCUCUUUACAUAUAAAUUGUGGUGGAAGAGAAGUAAAAAUUGGUGAUACGAGCUACGAAGACGAUUCACAGCCUGGAGGGCCAUCAAAAUUCUACCAGAGUGGAACGAACUGGGGAUUUAGCAGCACUGGUCACUUCAUGGAUAAUAAAAACGAGUCUCUGACAUAUGUCCUGAGUAAUGGUUCAAGAUUUUCAGGGAAUGACGCAAAUGAUUUAUACUCGGAAGCAAGACUUUCUCCUCUUUCACUGACGUAUUAUGGGUUCUGUCUGCUAAAUGGAAACUACAUGGUAAAGCUUCACUUUGCUGAAAUCAAGUUUACUGAUGAUAAAACAUACCGCAGCCUCGGAAAGCGCAUAUUUGAUAUACACAUUCAGGGAAAGUUGAUCCGGAAAGACUUCAAUAUUGAGACCACAAUAGGUGGCGUCAAUAAACCUUUAGUUCUAAACAUUCCUGCUGUAGUUAUUGACAGUACAUUAGAGAUCCGCUUCUACUGGGCUGGAAAAGGAACGACUGAUAUCCCCUACAAGGGAGUGUAUGGUCCUCUAAUAUCUGCCAUUUCUGUGGAUCACGUACCAUCACAACAUGGCGUAUCAGUAGGUGCCAUAGUUGGGAUUGUACUUGCAGUUCUGUUUACCGUAUCUCUGGUUCUAGCCAUACUUGGGUGGAAAUUCCGCAUGCAACCCAGCCCAACAACGCAGCAAGAUGUAAGAGGUCUAGAUCAACAAACAGGAUCAUUCACCCUGAGACAAAUCAAGUACGCAACAAACAACUUUGAUUCUUCCAAUAUAAUUGGAAAAGGUGGUUUUGGUUCUGUCUACAAGGGAAAUCUGUCUGACGGAACCAUCAUUGCGGUAAAGCAGCUUUCUUCCAAAUCGACCCAAGGAAACCGUGAAUUUCUGAAUGAAAUAGGCGUGAUUUCUGCUGUACAACACCCUAAUCUCGUAAAGCUCUAUGGAUGCUGCGUCGAGGGAGACCAAUUGUUGCUUGUAUACGAGUACAUGGAAAAUAACAGCCUUGGUCGUGCAUUGUUUGGUCUUGAAGAGCACCAGUUGGAAUUAGAUUGGCCAACAAGGCGUAAGAUCUGUGUUGGUAUAGCAAGAGGUUUGGCCUAUCUCCAUGGAGAAUCGAGGUUGAAGAUUGUCCAUAGAGACAUCAAAGCCAGCAAUGUGCUACUUGAUAAGGAGCUAAAUCCUAAGAUAUCAGAUUUUGGCCUGGCGAGGCUUCAUGAAGACGAAGACACCCAUAUAAGUACCCGCGUUGCUGGAACCUUUGGAUAUAUGGCACCUGAAUAUGCAAUGAGAGGCUACUUAACUGACAAAGCAGAUGUCUAUAGCUUUGGAGUUGUUCUUCUGGAAAUUGUCAGCGGAAAGAGCAACGCUGGUUUUAAACCAAAGGAGGAGGAGGAGUACUUGAAUCUUCUCGACUGGGCUCAUCUCUUGAAGAAGGAAAUAAAAUUGAUGGAACUAGUUGAUUCCAGAUUGGGACCAGACGUCAACGAAAAUGAGAUCAUGUUGACAAUUGAAAUAGCCCUGCUUUGCACCAGUAUAUCUCCGGCCGCUAGGCCUAGUAUGUCAACAGUGGUGAGCAUGCUAGAAGGAAGAGUAGAGGAUCAAAAGUCGAUUCUAGACUCGAGUGCAUGGAGUGCCAGUGUGAAGGAAAUCAGUGAUGAGCAAUACCUGCUAUCAACUUUCGAUGAGAGCCAGCCGCAGAGCACGUCAAGUGACCUGCCAUUUACUGCAUCUUCAACAUCUGCUUCUGAUUUAUACCCCAUCAGUCUAGAGACUGGUUUUCUGGACGACGAGUCAUGAGGAAAUUGUCAUCUGCGACUGCCGAAAUAUUUUGGUAGUAUAUAUUUAAAUCGCUUCCUGUUGUUGUGGGAACAAAAAAUAAUUGUAGAUUUUACAUUAACAGUUUACCAAUUUGCACAACCUCAUUAGUGGAGUUGUCUCUA